GUAUCAACUUUUAUAGUUUGCUCAAAUAAAUAAUAUUCCAAAAAUAGUUCUAAUUUGAAGACUAAUCCCAAGUUAUACUCACAUAAUGUUAAGUCUCUUCAACCGGUUGUCACUUUAUGGAGGAUACUAUUGAAAUAAUAAUUAUCAUACAAAUAUAAUAAUGUAUCAGACGCAAGAUGUCACAAGUAUAACUACAAUUGAGAGUAAAUCUGGAAAAUUAUUUGGUUGUACGUCUUCAAGUACAAGCACUAUGGAUUUCUCCAGUUUUUUUAUGAAUGAAAUAGAGUAUCGUGAUUUUUCAAGUUCAUUCAAGUCAUUCAGUAUGAGAAUGAAUGAAAUUUCAGAGUUUGCAGCUCGUCCAAGCAAGUUGACAGAUGUUGUAACUACUGCCUCGAUCAGUGUCUUACAGUUUACCCGUCCUACAUGGAGUAUACUCGAAGUCUCACUGAGUUUCGAGAACACAUAUCAAAUACUGGAGAAUUUAAAAAGUGGAAAUCAAAAAUCAAUUAGUGUGCGAGCAAGACAUUCAGAUAUCAACUUGGAAGAAAUAAUGAAACGGGAUGUGAAUAUCAGUCCUUGGCUGAGGUUUGGCGUGAUCAAAGACCCUUGGCAAGAUUGUCAACUGCAUUGUCUACCAAGGAUCUCAUCGACAGAUAAAAAUUUCGAACAUAAUUUAAAACCUGAACAAAUUAUAGCAAAUGCAAAAAAUUUGAGACAGUCACCGGAUAAGAAAUGCUUUGCUCUCACUAAGCUUCAACUUAACAAUAAGGAAUUGGAAGAUAUCAGUUUGCUAUCGACAUAUCGCUGCUUCCAGUACAUUGACCUCUCAUGGAACCGACUAACAGGCUUGGAAGCUCUCAACGAAAUGGUUUACCUUAUGUAUUUGGACGCAUCUCACAAUUAUCUGCAGAUGGCCAUUUGCAUGGAAGCUCCAUGGUACCUCACUUAUAUAAAUCUAUCUUACAAUGACAUCUCAGCGAUUGCAGAUCUUUCAAAGUUCUGGUCUUUGCAGCAUGUGAACUUUUCACACAAUAAAAUUGAUUGCAUUCAAGGAUUCAAGAGCUUGAAGUAUUUGAGGUGGCUGGAUCUAUCCUACAAUAAGAUCAAGAUCUUGGAAAAUAUUGGUUAUUUACCUCUCAUUUACUUGAAUUUGGAGAGCAACGAAAUUUCAGAAUGGAAGGAGACUAUAAAAGAUUAUUCGAAGGACAGAAAUUCAGAGAGCGCUGAAAUAUCAUAUUGGGAGGAAGGUGAAAGUAAGAGGACAAAUAAGGAAGAACAUACAGAGGAUAAUGUGUUUGAGUGUGAUGAAAGCGAAGCAACUGCCAUAUAUAAAGAGGGAAUUGUCUUAAAUUCGGACAUCAGAGUGAUUAAUUUGAACAAUAAUCUUCUCCAAUCAAUGAAGCCAUUCGAGGAUCUUGUACUUCUUGAAGAAUUGAAUUUGGGAAACAAUGAAAUAAGUGAAUUUGUUGAAUUAGAUUACCUGAAGAAUAAGAAGUCGCUAAAGCAUUUGACAUUGAAAGGCAAUCAGGUUUCUAACAUAAACUCAUACAGAAUACUUCUAUUACACUAUGUACCAACUAUUGACUCUAUUGAUGGAAUAAGAGUAGCAAUGGAAGAAAGAGAAAUUGUUUAUAAGUUGAAAAACAAUGAUUCUGCAGAAAAUAAAUAUGAGCUUUUAGCAAGAAAGCUUUUCUAUGAACAACUGGCAAACGUAGAAUGUACCAUACCUGGAAUAGUGCCUAUGAAGGAUACAUGUCUUCCUCUGAUAGUCAUGGUUGGACCCUAUGGAAGUUGUCGAAGAGAGCUAAUUGAAAAACUGAUAAGCAAUCACGAUCAAAAAUUAUACUAUGCAAAAAAUCAUAUCUGUAUACCGGAGGAAAUGAUCAACCUUGAAGUAUUUCAACAUGAUAAACUCAUUCCAAGAAGCCAAUUCAAUAGCAUGAUACUCAGUGGACAAUUUUUGGCAACUUCAAGUUUUCUUGGCGUUGAAUUUGGCCUGAGUAAAAUUGAAUACAACAACGGAGUAGAAUCAGGUAGAAUGGUAAUCACAAUAUGUGAUUUGACAAUGGCAUUCUGUCUGCAAGCACUAGGUAUCGAUAUCCAUACGAUACUUUGCAAAACCAUCAAUGUGGAUCUUGCAAACCUUCGUAUUGAGGCUCAAUGCAAAAAUUUGAAGCAAGAAAAAGGAAUUACCCAAACAAGUAUUCUUUCAUUGAGCUACAAUCUCUUGAUGCAGCGUUGGCCUAGUGGAAAUUUCACUGAUGAGAAAGAAGAUCAGGGACAAGAUUCCUCCAGCACAUUGAAUCAAACACUGUCUGUUACUGAACUCUCCACAGAAAUAGAGAGCAGUUCAUUAUCUAUGUCUGGUCAAAUAGAGAUAGAAAAGGAACAGUCUGUAAUCAGUUUCAUACAGAGACGAGUUGAACUGAACAGAGAGCUGUAUGAUGAAAUCGAAAGCUGUGAUAGAUCUAUUGAAACGAUAUCAUUGAGAGUAACAAAAACUGCUGAAGUGGAAAUUAGUAAAAUUUUACAGAACAGAUGUUUCACUAUUGAAUUAAGAAAAUAUUCAUCAGGUGACUGUACUUUAUUCGCUGCAUGGCAAACUGCGCAGCAAAUUGCAUAA